UGAACUCGGAUAUCGUACUGUCUCUGUCUGACACAUGAGAUUAAACAAAGACACAAUGAUACUCGAAUCACUCGAGUAAGGCUUCUGAACUCAGCCCUGUAUGCACGGUCUUCUGGGGAGGUCGAAAAAGUCUAUGGGUCGAAACCAUGGGUCAGAAGGCUUCUCUCUGUCAGAACUACGGAACUCACGAAUCGCAAUCAACGCAACCUAAAUCUCUUACACCACGUCUUAGAUCAUGAAGUUAUGUUUUGACUUUUGAUAACUGUACACUAGUGAAUAACCCUCAAAAUAUACCAACAAUCAAGAUCAAAUAAACAUGGUAGUAAUUUUUUGCGAUGUACCGCGUGUGACCGAGUGACAUAAUCGUUUGAGGAAUUUCUGUCAGUCCGCAAGCGGCCAGCCUUGUGUUAUUUGUUCCGAGUUGUACUAGUAAGUGACCGGGUCAGCCUUAACUACUAUCGUUAUGAUAUUAGAAAUGAAUAUUAACCGAAAAUGAACACGCAAUCAGAAGCAGCCAUCGGGAAUGGUGGUGAAUCUUCGGAAGAAUCUGUUCCAAUCCUGACGGGAGUUAAUAUUUCAACCAGAUCUUGGACGACAUGGAACCCCCUCAAUAUAUUCACCUGCCCGCCAACCUACGGUCAUGCUGUCGUUAUUUUAAACAGGCCCAUUCGCCUGAAAUGCAGCAUACUCCGCAAUGUUUGGAAAAAAGCCCGUGCUACAGUUACCGUUGACGGAGGAACAGAUCAAUGGAUAAUGUACCUUGGUUCUCGUGGAGAAUCGGUGAUGAAUGGCCAGAGCAAAGAAUUUCUUCCCGAUCUAAUCACUGGCGACAUGGACAGUAUUUCACCAGCAACGCUUCACAAGCUGCAACGCUUAGGGGUCCAUGUGAUAAAUACCCCUGAUCAAGAUGCUACGGACUAUACAAAAGCACUGCUUCAACUGGGUAUUUACACUACAGCGAAUAAGAUAAAUCUUGAUGGGAUUUACGUGUUUACGGAAACAUCUGGAAGAUUGGAUCACAUAAUAGCCAAUAUCAACACGUUGUUCCAAAGUAAAAAGCUUGUUGGAGAUACCCAGGUAAUACAAGUUUCCAGUGAUUCUUUGACAUGGCUUCUACAGCCUGGGACUCACAAGAUAUCAAUACCUGAACCAUUACUGCAACGUAAUUCAUGGUGUGCUCUGAUGCCCAUUGGAUCUCGAGUUACAAGCAUCUCGACAGCUGGACUUAAAUGGAAUUUGGAUUGUGCGACACUGGAAUUUGGCAACAUCGUCAGUACUUCCAACACCUAUUCUGGCUUCCCUGAAGUAACAGUUACUACAGACACUGCAGUGCUCUGGUCCAUGGACAUUGAACCACUUACAGAAAAUAUCUGUCCCGAAAGUGCACUGCCAUCUUGAACAACAGGAUGAGAAAUGAAAAUCUUUCUUAGUUAAAAAAUUUCGAAUUGAAUUCCAGCCUUUGUUCAAAUACUAUCGUCAACUGUACAGCGCUGCAGUAAAUUGAAGAUCUCUUUUCAUCAAUAUUUUACAUUAGAGAAAAACUAUAUUUAUAUAUUUAUAUAUCUCGAUAAUUACAAUACUUUACGGUUACUGUACAUAAAAAUUAUACGUUAUGUACACUUGGGGACAAUGAAUCUGAGACGGCUAAUUUUUUUUACACUAGACAGUUAUGGCGGUAACACAGAAACCUACAGCGCCAUAGUCGGCCAAGCGUAAAAUAAAUUCAAUCUCAAUAAACAUAACCAAAGAACAUAGAUGUACAUGGAAGCACGGGUUCCGUAUCAACCCCCUGACACCACUGCUCGUAUACUAAAAAAUUGUACGCAUUUUGUCCCCGCUUUUUAGUUCCUCUACGUGGCGCUAGUAGACUUCGCAUACGCUCGCUGGUCGCGCGCAAGCUUGUCAGACAACUACUAGCGCCACUAGUGGUGGAAAUUGGCGGCAGAAUCGAGAGACAUUUUGCGAACCACUUUUAGCAGCGUAUGUCAGGAGGCUGUCCCGUAUUAACGUCGAAGCCAACAAUUUAGUUCCCCAAAUGAAUGCUUGACGUCGCCACUCGCUCGUAUAUGUGAGCGGCGCUAUGUAGUAGUGCACGUAUCGACUGGCACACGGAAACGGAACGCCGCGAGCGUUUCCGGCGGUUGCGGUGAUAAACUCGCCAAACUCGCUUAGAUCAUCCCAAGAGCUGGCUUCAGCGGGCCCAUGAGACCUGUGCUUCCAUGUACGUCUAUGUUCUUUGAGAUAACUUAACUCAUGACUGUCGAAUCUAACCUUAGAAUUGACGUGUCAAUCCAUCAAGUGAUUAUCCCCGCGGUAUUCUAUGGUUAGAUUCGACGGUCAUGGGUUACGUUAAGUUUAUUGAGAUUGAGUUAGUUUCGCACUUGG